AGCACCCAACAUUCCAACCCACACACCACAACACCCGGCGAAACCAUGCAAGAAAGGCUGCCGUUUUGUGCGAUCCGGCCGAGCAAAGGUUACGGGGGCCCUAUGUUGGCCAUUCAACCGUCGAGAGUCACCAUGCUUAUGCUGCUGUCAUUGCUGCUCGUGUCUUGUGGAGUUCACGACGCCAGUUGCUCGACAGUCCCUGGUAACAGCACGGACAUGCUCUCGUUGCUAGAUUUCAAACGGGCCAUCACCAGUGAUCCAUGGCAAGCCUUGAGCUCUUGGAAUGCCAACAUCUCCCAUUGCCGGUGGGAGGGCGUCAACUGCAGCCUCACGCACAGAGGACGCGUCACCGGGCUCAAUCUCACCGGCCAAAACUUGCAAGGCCAAAUUGCUCCCUCUCUUGGAAAUUUAACCUUCCUUAGAAAUCUCGACCUCAGCUCAAACCGCUUCUUUGGUGAGUUGCCCACUCUUAACCGCCUCCGUAGGCUGCAGAACCUUUAUGUGGUCAAGAACAAGUUGCAGGGGUUCAAUCCCGAUGCACUUGUAAAUUGCUCCAACUUACAUGCCUUAGAACUUUCUUCCAACUCGAUAACGGGUUCGCUCCUCCCAAAUAUUGGCUCCCUCUCGAGCCUCGUGUAUUUGAACCUUAAUGAAAAUAAUUUCUCCGGCAUCAUCCCACCAAGUAUACAAAACAUGACCAACCUACAGUUGAUCUCACUAUCAGAUAAUCAGAUCCAUGGGAGCAUUCCGGAACAGCUUGGGCAGUUACCAAGUAUGUAUCAGUUGUACCUAGCGCGGAAUAUGCUAUCAGGUAGAAUCCCAACAACAAUUCUAAACAAUUCUGCUCUACAAGCUCUUGACUUGAGUUCGAACUUUCUACGCAUGGAACUGCCAUCCAACAUUGGUGAUACUCUUCCAAACCUUAUAGCGGUUUCCUUGCCCAAUAACAUGUUCCAGGGUCAAAUCCCAGACUCCCUAGGUAAUGCUCAGUACCUCGAAUUUAUUGAUUUUUCAUCCAACAAUUUCAGUGGCCAAAUACCUCGUUCCUUGGGGAUGCUUUCGAACCUAUAUAAUUUACAACUCGAGGGAAACAAGCUUGAAACAAAUGACAGUAAAAGCUGGGAAUUCUUAGACGCGCUGAGCAAUUGUAGUCUGCAAGUGCUCUCGUUACAUUCUAAUCAGCUGAAAGGAUCCAUACCAAAUUCAGUUGGUAAGUUGUGGCCCGGCCUUUCAUUUCUUUCAUUAGAGAGAAAUAACUUAUCUGGGACAGUUCCAGAGAGUAUAGGGAACCUUACUGGCUUAAGUGUUCUAUCAUUAGCUACAAAUAAUCUAGUCGGUCCGAUAGGUUCGUGGAUUGGAAAUUUGAAGAACCUAGGAACCUUAAGUCUUGCAGAGAAUAACUUUGCUGGGCCGAUCCCAUCCUCAGUUGGCAACUUCACUAAGAUGACGGAGCUCAUCCUGUCCGGAAAUAAAUUUGAAGGAACCAUACCACCCAGUUUAGGAAACCUUCCAGCUAUGUCAGUAUUGAAUCUAAGUCAAAACAACCUAAAUGGGCAUAUUCCUAAAGAGUUAUUUAGUCCAGUCUCCACAAUGACCACAUGUUUACUAUCCUAUAACAAUCUAGAAGGUCCAAUACCUCCGGAGAUAAGCAAUCUUAAACAUGUCACGGAACUGGACCUUUCAUCGAACAAGCUCUCUGGCCAAAUCCCUGUGACUUUGGGAGAGUGUCAGGGGUUGGAAACCCUCCUAAUUGGCAACAAUUUUCUAACAGGAAACAUUCCGAAAUCCUUGAGCAGUCUGAAGAGUUUAAGCAUGCUGAAUAUUUCCCAUAAUGAUUUGUCAGGAUCCAUCCCUCUAGAACUGAGUCAACUAUCGGCUCUCACCCAACUAGACCUAUCUUAUAAUAACCUAGAAGGUGAAAUACCAAGAGAUGGAGUAUUUGGAAAUGCUACAGAAGCCUCACUCAUUGGCAACUCGAGACUCUGUGGAGGCAUAUUAGACCUACACAGGCCCAAAUGCUCUGCUGCCUCUGGGAGAAAAGUGGUAGUAUAUUACUUGGUCAGAGUACUGAUCCCAAUAUUUGGCUUCAUGUCGCUCGUUUUGCUGAUCUACUUUUUGGUCACCGAGAAGAGGGCACGACAGUCACAUUUCUCAUUGUCUCCCAUUGGUCAGCAAUUCCCUAAAGUUUCUUACAAGGAUUUGGCUGAAGCCACACAGAACUUCUCCGAGUCUAAUCUUGUAGGGCGAGGAGGUUACAGUUCUGUAUAUAGAGGGAAAUUAAUCCAAGAUAAGCUGGAAGUUGCUGUGAAGGUUCUGGACCUUGAUAUGCAAGGGGCAGAGAAAAGUUUCUUAUCAGAAUGCAAUACAUUGAGGGGCAUCCGGCAUCGGAAUCUUGUUCCUAUCAUAACAGCAUGCUCCACAGUGGACCUCAAAGGCAGUGUAUUCAAAGCUCUAGUCUAUGAAUUUAUGCCCAACGGAAAUUUGGACUCAUGGUUGCAUCAGAGAGAGGAUGGGAAGACAGCCACAAAAGCUUUGGGCUUAACUCAAAGAACAUGUUUUGCUGUCAAUAUAGCUGAAGCUAUAGAUUAUCUACACAAUGAGAGUGGAAGAACAAUAAUACAUUGUGAUGUAAAGCCCAGUAAUAUACUCCUAGAUGAUGAUAUGAGUGCUCAUUUGGGUGACUUCGGCAUUGCAAACUUCUACCGAGAUUCCAGGUCAAAAUCGACGGGAGACACUAGUUCAAUUGGUGUGAAGGGAACUAUUGGGUAUAUUGCUCCAGAGUAUGCUAGAGGUGGCGGUGCAUCGACGUACGGGGAUGUUUACAGUUUUGGAAUUGUUCUUCUGGAGAUGUUCACAGGCAGAAGGCCAACAGAUCCUUUGUUUGCGAAUGAACUGAAUAUUGUCAGCUUUGUGGAGAGGAACUUCCCUGAUCAAAUACUGCAAGUGAUUGAUACUCCCCUACAAGAAGAGUGCAAGCCCAUUACUCAAGAAAACAUUGUAACAGAGAACGGGGCUUACCAGUGCAUGUUCGCUCUGCUACAAGUAGCACUUUCUUGCACGCGACAACUGCCAAAUGAACGAAUGACCAUGAGAGAAGCAGCUAGCAAAAUUCGUGUGAUCAAGACCUCCUAUGACAGCGGAAAACCCAAGCAUGCUUCAGUAAAGUGAUCUACACAGUUUGCCUCGUAUAUGUACCCGACAGCCUACUUUUUAUUUCAUAUGGUCCAUUUUUUACUCAUCGCCACCGCCCCACAAACUGCCUGUAACCCAUAAACUGCCUGUAAACUCUAAAAAAUGGACGAGGGGGUAAGAGGGAGCAUGCUAAAAUUUGCUUAUCCAGUAACGCUACUAUGUACGCUAAUACUCCCUCCGUCCCGAAAUACUCGUCUGAGAGAUGGAUAAAAUUGGAUGUAUCUAUAACUAAAAUACGUUUAAAUACAUCCAUUUCUUUGACAAGUAUUUCCGGACGGAGGGAGUAUUUAUUUGCUCUAAUAGUAAUUGUCCCUUCUAUCCGAAUUAAUUGGUGCAGCUUUGUCCA